AGAAAUCGAUCUGGAAAGACGCGAAUACAUCGAGUUUCGCCGCGAAAACUCGAUGGAGAGCUCCGAUUCUGCGUCGGUUUUGAAAGAGAAUCCUAGCCAAUUGGAACCUCGUUAUCGAGUUGGAGAUAAGCUGUAUAAUCUGAAGGAGAGAGAGGGUUUAAGCAAAGGCGCCAAUGCGACGGGUGCGUUUGAAUUUAUCAAAAAGAAGUUUGAUUCGAAGACGAAAACGAAAACAGAGACAGAGAAAAGCCAAGAGUCUGUUUAUUUGAGUGAUAUUUUGAGGGAAUACAAGGGAAAGCUUUAUGUUCCUGAGCAAGUUUUUGGUCCAGAGUUAUCUGAAGAAGAGGAGUUUGAGAAAACUGUGAAAGAUUUACCAAAUUUGAGCUUGGAAGAUUUUAGAAAAGCUAUGGAGAAUGAUAAAGUUAAGCUGCUGACUUCCAAGGAAGUUUCUGGUGUUCCUUACACUAGCGGCUAUAGAGAUUUUAUUGUUGAUCUUAAGGAGAUUCCUGGAGUCAAGAGCUUACAGAGAACCAAAUGGUCAAUGAAGCUUGAAGUUGGAGAAGCUCAAGCUCUUCUGAAAGAAUACACCGGUCCGCAGUACGAAAUAGAAAGGCACAUGACGUCUUGGGUUGGAAAAGUGGCGGAUUUCCCAAACCCAGUCGCGUCUUCUAUAUCAAGUAGAGUGAUGGUUGAGCUAGGAAUGGUGACAGCAGUUAUUGCUGCAGCGGCAGUUGUUGUUGGAGGAUUCUUAGCCUCAGCUGUUUUUGCAGUCACUAGUUUCGCCUUUGUCACUACAGUUUAUGUUGUUUGGCCUAUAGCAAAGCCAUUCCUCAAACUUUUUGUUGGCAUCUUCCUUGGUGUUCUUGAAAAAUCAUGGGAUUACCUUGUUGAUUUUCUCGGCGAUGGGGGGAUCUUCUCAAGGAUUUCUGAUUUCUAUACAUUUGGUGGUGUAUCAUCAAGCUUGGAGAUGCUCAAACCAAUCCUACUUGUUGUCAUGACUAUGGUUCUUCUUGUUCGUUUCACACUGUCACGGAGACCAAAGAACUUUAGGAAAUGGGAUUUAUGGCAAGGGAUUGCUUUUUCUCAGUCUAAAGCAGAAGCAAUCUGGAGGCUGAGUCCUUAAAAGAGUUACACAGAUUUUAUAAAAAAAAAUUAGAAGG